AUGUCAACCCCUGUAUUCUCUAAACCGGCUGAUCCAUCCAUCUUGCAAACCGAGACUAGCGCGGUCCGUCCCUACAGGACCUGGGCGGAAGCUGCUUCCUACAACGACUGUCGUGAACAAAAGGUCCUGGGCACCUACUUCGUGGUGAUCCUUUGGCCUGGCCACGAUGUUCCAGUAACACCAUCGACAAAAGGUGAGCGACCAAUGGCGUUCGAUCUUGACAGGAAAAGUGGAGAAUCUAGGCUGGAUGUUCCUGGUAUUGCUGCAUUUAUGGUCCCUUUCUUCGUUUGCCUGCGAGUUAAAGGACGAAUCUUGAUCUCGUAUCAUUUACAAGACUGCUGUGCUCCUUUUAACCUGACCAUUUCAUCUAUUGAGCCAUCUGAGCUACAAAGCCAUCUUUUAGUUAUGGGAUCUUCACGCAAGAAUAGCCAACCCGCCCCCGCCCCUUCCCCGGUCGACGACGAAACGUCGAGCAUGACCGCCCGCUCCGGGUCGCCAUCCAGAUCUAAUUCGAAGACGACAAAGAAGAACAAGACUGGUCAUAGGAAGGGAAAGAAGAGCAGCAAGAAUGAGCAUAUAGACGAGGAUAUAUCCUACAUGGGGACACAGUUCACGUAA